AUGACUCAUUCUUCUCAGGACACUGGCUCCCCCGGCAUUCACGAAGAUGGGAAGCUUUAUGUUGUGGACUCUAUAAAUGACUUAAACAAACUCAACCUCUGUCCUGCCGGAUCUCAGCGUCUGUUCCCUCUAGAAGACAAAAUCCCGGCCUUCCACUCGAAUUCAGGAAAUGGAAACCACAGUCUGUUCCUUGUGGGACUGAUCAUCGUUCUGAUAGUCAGCCUAGCCCUGGUUUCCUUCGUGAUAUUUCUAGUUGUUCAAACUGGAAGCCGGAUGGAUGAUGUAUCAAGAAGAUUGACGGCUGAGGGAAAGGACAUAGAUGAUCUUAAGAAAAUCAACAACAUGAUUGUAAAGCGCCUCAACCAACUGGAAUCUCAACAGAACUAG